GGUGAAUGAGCUGAGUGUGUAAUGAGCAUUUUUAAUUAGGAGUAUAUCUCCCUUAAUUAAUCCUCAUACUUACACUUACACAAGCCCUAAUUAUUUCUAUAAUAGGACUGAGCCUAUUGGAGUGGGACGUCCCAGAAAAGAAACUGAACUUAUUGGGCUGGGACGGAGGGAGUAGUAUAUACUUUAUGAAAGUGACAGUUUUAAUUUCCACAGCUCUUUUCACCCCAUUGGCAUCUUUUCGUUUAUUUAUAUAAAAAGUAGGCAUAAAUUAUUGGAGGGUAAUGGUGAGGUAGUCAAAGGCAGAGAGAGACUUCAAUGGCGGACGCAGCAGUGGAGUUCCUGUUAGAGAAUCUGAAGCAGCUGCUGCUCCACCACGCGAGUCUGCUGAAGGAUGCCAAGGAUCAGGUGGAGAAGCUGGAGAACCAUCUGCGGCUCUUCAAAGCAUUCCUGAAAGACGCCCCCAAGCAGUGGAGGGACGACGAGAAGCUGCGCGAGCUCAUCCGCCGCAUCCGCAACGCCGUGUACGAAGCCGAGGACAUAAUCGACGCCUACGUCACCCAGGCCGCCGAGGCCAAGAGCAAGAACUACUUCCUCAGGGCCAUCCAAGGCCCCCCCAAGGUCAUCAGCAUCGCCAACAAAGUCGAAGCCGUGCUCCAGAAGAUCGACGACAUCUACAAGGACAAGAAGAAUAUCAUCGAUUUCGCCAACAUCAAGGUUGAAGAUGGCGCCGCUCACCACCAAGACGAGGCCCCCCAAGUAAGAGAAACGAAUGUGGUGGGUUUCGAAGAUGAGGCCUACAAAUUGAAAGGAUAUCUGUGCAGAGAAUGUGAGGAGCUUGAGGUGAUCUCCAUUGUUGGAAUGCCUGGGCUUGGCAAGACCACAUUGGCAGGGAAGAUCUUCCGCGAUCCUGAAAUUCAUUACCAUUUCCCCACACGCAUAUGGGUUUACGUAUCUCAAGAGUUCACAAAGAAGGACAUCUUUCUGGCCAUUCUCAAAGAGUUCACUGGCCUCACCGACGACAUCAGAAGCAAAUCCGACAAGGAGUUGGCCGACGCGGUUGCUGGUUAUCUAGACAACGGAAGGUUCCUGCUGGUCAUGGAUGACGUGUGGAGUUGCGAGGAUUGGGAUAGGCUCCACAUCGCGUUGCCAAAGUGCAACGCCAGAGGGAAAGUCCUCAUCACCAGUCGCCAGGCUGAAGUUGGUUGGCAUGUCAACCGCCGUAAGGGCCCUCACUUGCUGCGUUUCCUCACGCUGGAGGAAAGCAUUCUGCUUCUGCAGUUGGAAGUCUUCCAAGAGCCUAAGUUCCCUCCGGAGUUGGAAGUUGAAGGAAGGCUGAUUGCAGAGCGAUGCGAUGGCCUUCCACUUGCGAUCGUAGUCAUCGGAGGCAUCCUUGUCAGGAAGUUUUCCGGCGACACCACCGCCAUGAAAACCACUUGGCAGCAUGUCUCGCAAAGCUUCGACACGUACCUCAAGGAUGAAAGCGCGGGCAAACGCUUGGAAAAGAUCAUACUGUUGAGCUACGAGAAGUUGCCUUACCACUUGCGAGAGUGCUUCCUCUACUUGGGAAUGUUUCCAGAGGACUUUGAGAUCUCUGUUUGGAAAUUGACCCGUUUGUGGAUUGCGGAAGGAUUAAUACAACAGAAAGAUGUGAGCCUCGAAGAAACUGCUGAAAACUAUGUGGAGGAGCUCAUCAACAGGAACUUAGUGAGAGCAGAGAAAUUCAAGCCCAACGGGAAGGUUAAAACGUGCCGCAUCCACGACAUGCUUCGUGACUUCUGCUUAAACGAAGCUGGAAUCAAAGGAGAAGGCUUCUUACAAGAGAUCAAGAUGUCCAGUCAUGGAGGCUUCCACCCUUCGGCCGCUGAAGAGCUCAAGUUCCGUCGUCUGUGCAUCCAUUCCAACGUAGUGAGCUUUGUUUCAAGGAAGCCUUUUGGCCCUAGUGUUCGCUCAUUUGUUUGUUUCUCCAGAGACGAAACGACCAUGCCUGCCGGAGACAUCUCAGCUAUCCCCGGAGGCUUCAAGCUCCUACGAGUCCUGGACGCCGAGCCCAUCAAAUUCACGAAACUCCCCAGUGAUAUGUACCAACUGCUUCAUCUGAGGUACCUUGUCUUGUCCGUCAGCUUGAAGGUCCUCCCAGCUCCAUUUUCCAAGCUAUGGAACAUCCAGACACUGGUGGUGGAAACAGACGCUCGAACGCUCGUGAUCAAAGCGGAUAUUCUGAACAUGACGCAGCUAAGGCAUUUCAAGACCAACGCAUCAGCCGAGCUGGCCAAGGUGAGUAAAAGCAGUAAAGGAGCUGGUGAGAAAAUGCAGACACUAGGAACCAUCUCACCAGAGAGCUGCACCGAAGAGGUCUUCGACAGGGCUCGUAAUCUUAGGCAGUUGGGUAUUCGUGGGAAACUAGCUUUGCUCCUGGGCGAUAAGAACGGGGCGUUCGAGGGCUUGGGGAACUUGAGCAAUCUGGAGAAGCUGAAGCUAAUAAACGACGUGUUUCCCGUUCCAGCUUCGGGGACGGUGCACCUGCGCGGGCUUCCCCCGGCGUAUAAAUUCCCGCCGAAAUUGAAGAGUCUUACACUGUGUGAGACUUCGCUGGAGUGGCGGCACAUGUCUGUGAUAGGAUCGCUUGAUAAGCUUGAGGUGCUGAAGCUCAAGGACAAGGCGUUCCAAGGUGAGAUUUGGGAGGCGCACGACGGCGGGUUCCGGCAUCUGGAGAUCUUGCAUAUUGGGCGCACGGACUUGAAGAUUUGGGUGGCUUCUCACCAUCAUUUCCCGAGGUUGAAACACCUUGAGCUCAACAACUGUGAGGAUCUGCAGCAGAUCCCCACCGAGCUUGCGCAGGUGCCCAGCUUCCUGAAGCUCGACUUGUUUCGUUCCAAACGCGCAGCUGCAUCGGCGAGGAAGAUUGAAGCCAAGAUAAAGCAGGACAAUGUUGUGCGUCACUUUAGGCUUUCCAUUUUUCCUCCUGAGGCAUGACCAGGCAUAUUCGUGCAAAUUGCCGCCGAAGUAGAGAGCAUAUGGCGUAUAUAUAUGUUUAUUGUGUUGAAUUCCACAAAUAUGUGAAUAAUCUAUGUUGUUGAAUAACGAUUUGCUUAUUCCGUCGGAUCUUCUAUUCAAGAUUUGUACUUUGAUG